AUGCCGAGCCGCGCUCGAUCCAGCAAACAGGUGCUUUUUCUCGUCUCACGCCCUUCCACGGCCGUUCUACCACUUUCAAACUCGCAGGUGCUACCGCUCGUCGGCUUCGGAGCCGUCGCGAUCCUCGUGCUGCUCGUGCGCGGCGGGUUGCCGGCUCGAACACCUCUCCACCGCGGCAUAUUCCCUUUUCCGAAGCUCCCCGCUGGUGCUACGGCUUCCAUCUACCAAUCAACGACUGCCGCGUGGCUGGACCUGACCGCUCUGUUCUUCCUGUUCUUCGGCACCGCCGCUUUGACGCGAUUCGCCAUCAUCCACCUGAUUCGGCGGCAUCCGCAUUUGAGCCUUCCCCUCGCGGCGCUUGUUUCCGCCGAUCGGGGGGGCGGUGGUCGGGGUUCCGCGGAAAGGAGCGGGUGCGCAUCGGGGGGAUCCGCGUUCAUGCGCGACCUUUGCGGAAAAGCCGGCAAGAUGGGGCUGGGCGGAGGGUUUUGGCGCGCGGUGUGGUGGCAGGCGCAGAUUUCGCCUUCUCCGCGCGGGAGGCGCAGCUCCGCGCAUCUGGCGGAGCGAUCUUCCGCCGGCUCCGCGGAUUUUCUGCGCUAUUUGCGGCCGAGAGGGACCUGCAAAAGCCUAUCAGAGUCCGAAGAUGCUGUAGACGACGCGUUAUGUCUCACCGUGAGGCGGUACACUAACGGGGAUAGAUACGAAGGCGAGACGCGUGACGGAGUAGCGUCUGGAAGCGGCGUGUAUUAUUUCGACGAAGCUGCGGGGAAAUACGAAGGCGAGUGGGCGGACGGAAAAUACAGCGGGCUGGGUGUAGAAUCGUGGGAGAGCGGCAGCGUGUACCGAGGCGAGUACAAACGCGGAUACCGCGAGGGGCGGGGGCUGUACCAGUUCCACACGGGGGACGCGUAUGCGGGCGCGUGGGCGCGCGGGCAGAGCCACGGCGCGGGGUUGCAGAUGUGCGCGGAUGGGAGCACGUACGCGGGGCAGUUCUCGUACGGGCUGAAGCACGGCUUCGGGAUCUAUACCUUCAGAAACGGCGACGUGUACGCGGGGGAGUAUUUCCGAGAUGCCAUGCACGGGUACGGCGUGUAUACCUUCAGCAACGGGCAGUGCUACGAGGGCGCGUGGCACGACGGGUGCAAGCAGGGGCUGGGCCGAUACUCCUUCCGCAGUGGGGACUCCCUCAUGGGCCACUGGCACCUGGGAGCGCUGCUCACACGCUGCUGUGACACCCCUCCUGCCGCUGUCUCUGCCACUUCUGCUGCUGCUGCCACCCCUGCCACUGCCAGCUCGGCUCCAUCUGCGGCCUCUGCCUUUGACGCGGUUUCUGACUCAGUUUCAGACUGUGGCAGCUGGGGCCGUCGUCAAAUUCAGAGUGUUCCGAUUAAAUUGUCGGCCAUGAAGCUCACUGACGGCAUGGCAGCGCUGGUCACGGGAGCAGGCUCUGGCAUAGCUGACCUGGCUCGCUCGUGCAUUCGCCUCGCACAUGCAAUGGUGUGGGCGUCUCGAUCUGACCUGGCCCGUGCAUUCGCCGUGCACAUGCAAUGGUGUGGCCGACUCGAUGUCUGUCUCAACAAUGCGGGCAUAGGCGAGAAGGAAUGGUUCCUCAAGGACACGUCAGCAGAUGGCAAGGGUUCCUGGCGCCACGUGUUGGACGUCGAUCUGACGGCUGUUGUUGAUGGGACGCGCCUUGCUGUGCACGCAAUGCAGCUGUCUGGGAAAUGCAGCAAGGGCGGCAAAAGAGGCGUGAUAGUGAACGUGGCGUCUGCAGCAGGGCUCUACCCCUCACCGAACGGUCCCAUUUACGCCGCAUCCAAAGCUGGAGUGGUCAUGUUCACACGCUCAUUGGCUCAUCUCGCUGGGAGUGGCAUUCGCAUCAAUGCUCUUUGCCCUGAGGUAACUUCCCUAUGCUCCCCUACCCACCCCUUCCUCAUUUGCUUGCUCUACACCAUGCCACUGUCUGGCAUUCGCAUCAAUGCUCUCUGCCCUGAGGUCACAGGGCAGGCAGCCAAGAUCUAUAUCCCAUUAUUAUGCAUUCAUCGAAACCCCUCUGGUGACGCCGUCACAGGUUCACCUCCCAUGUUUCAACCUAAUCCUGCUCCCCGUAACUCCUCCCUUUUCCCCUGCUUUGCCUCCCAGUUCAUCCAAACCCCUCUGGUGACGCAGGUCACAGGGCAGGCGGCCAAGCAUCUCCCUAAGGUGGUGGCCUCAGUAGGCGGAUUUAUUCCCAUGGACACCAUUGUUGACGGUGUGUGGGUGUGUGGAGGGGGGAGGGGAACCAUUGGUGGUUAUUUGGUGCAGUUAUGGUGCAUAGCCGAGUUGAUAGAGGACGAGCAGAGGGCAGGCGAGUGCAUGUGGAUCACCAACCGGCUGGGCAAGCAGUGGUGGCCGACUGAUGAUGAACCACCUUCACACCACCAUGUAUCAUCACCACCACUGGCGCCCCUCCCUGCCCUUUGUUGUCUCACAGGUCUGGCCGAGUUGAUAGAAGAUGAAAAGAGAGCAGGCGAGUGCAUGUGGAUCACCAACCGGCUGGGCAAGCAGUGGUGGCCGACUGAGGAGGAGAAGAGGCGCUACCUGGUGGCGGGCACACCUGGGGGAGGUGAUAGUAAAGGGGGUGACAGCAAAGGAAGUGACAGAAAAAGUGAUUCAAGUGGUGGUGGAGGGGCAUUGGCGUUGGGUGCCAUGCCAAGUGCGAGGAGGGGUGCUGGUUUGGGCGCAGCUGGGGGUGAAGCUUCUGGGAAGCUUCUUGUGGGUGUGGCGAGUGGUCUGCCUUCAACUUUCCGAAAGCUGCAAGCCAUCAGCAUCAUCGAGGCGCCACUGCCUCUGCCCGUGCCGGCGGGGAAGGUGCUGCUGCGAGUGCGAUACGCAGGAAUCAACGCCAGCGAUGUCAACUACUCAGCCGGCCGCUACGCAGGCAGCCAGGCAGAAGCAUCCCAGCAGCUUCCCUUCGACGCAGGCUUCGAGGCAGUGGGAGAGAUAGUCGCACUAACAGGCAGCACCACCACUGGGUCUAUGGAAAAAAGGAGCAAAGGGGGACUGGCAGUGGGGGCAGGCAGCAGCAGCGUUGGCUCUGGGCGCAUGGGCAGUGGCGAGACGGUACUGGUGACGGCAGCUGCUGGGGGGACUGGCCAGUUUGCGGUGCAGGUGAGGGACGAAAGCAGCAGAGAGGCCAGAGCAGCAGAGAGGCCAGAGCAGCAGCGUCUGGAAAGUUUGGCAGGGAACAGGGUUGUGGCGACAUGUGGCAGUGAGAGCAAGGCUGCAGUGCUGAGGGACCUCGGGGUGGAUGUGGUGGUUAACCACCGGACAGAGAAGGACAUGGCCAAGGCAUUGAAGCAGGCCUGUGGGCCGCAGGGAGCAGCAGUGGUGCUCGACUACGUGGGGGGUGAUAUGUUUGCUGCUGCAAUGAAAUUAGAGGAAUCACUUCCUUUUUUUGUCGUUUUCCGUCUUCCACUCUUCUUUUCCCUUGUCCCGUCGCAGGCAUUGAAGCAGGCUUGUGGGCCACAGGGAGCAGCGGUGGUGUUCGAGUCUGUGGGGGGAGAUAUGUUUGCUGCUGCUCUGAAGGCCCUUGGGCGAUUUGGGAGGCUCAUUGUGAUUGGAAUGAUGUCACAGUACACGGCAGGGCAGGAGGGGCAGUGGGUGAGCAAGGCUUAUCCUGGUCUGUGUGAGCGCCUGCUCUCCAACUCCCAGACGCUGGUCGGGUUCUUCUUGCUGCACUACCCACAACUGUGGCGCUCGCACCUCACCAAGCUGGUGACCCUCUACCAAGCAGGCCCUGCUCAAGGUGGGAUGGAGAGAGAGGGCAUGGAGGUAGCGUGCAGUAGCGGAGAUUUAUAUUUCCUCCCACCCCCAUACACUGUGCCCUCGUCUCUCUCCCCCUUUCCGUCCGUCUUCUGUCAUCAAUUUCUGAGGCGUCUCAAAUCCUUCUUCCCCCGUUCAUCGCAGGUGGCCCUCGAUCCGACGCCGUUCAAGGGCCUUCCUGCAGUGCCGUCAGCAGUGGAGCACUUGCAAGCUGGGAGCAGCGUGGGCAAGGUGGGUGGGAAUUAG